ACACCCAGUACGUCAAACUAGUUUUUGAACCUCAGUAUGGAACAAACCAUAUUUCUUGUUUUUGUGGUGAUCUUUGCUGUACGUGGGGUCACCAUCUCCGACUUCAUGUCCAGAAACCCCACUUACGACAACCGGGCAACUCUGUCAACUAAUGUUUUAUCAACACUUAUUUUCCGAAGUUCAAUACACUGUGCAUCUUAUUGCACAAGAAAUGACGAGUGUAAAUCCACCAUGUACAACAUGAACACUCACUCCUGUCAACUUCUGUCUGUUCACAUGGAUGCAGUGUCAGAUACAGGACCACAAACUUACCAUGGAUGGCUGUAUUAUGAGAGAAAAAUUGAUGGAACGAUGCCAACCACCACAACAGUCGAUGUUGAGACCACAGUAGUCAGCACUGAAACUACACAGACAACAUUUGAUUGUUCAAUUUGGCACUAUCGUUUUGGUCAUUGGUAUUUGUUGGAUUCUAAUUACAGAACAUUCAAUGAUUCUCGGACAUUUUGUGCCAGCCUGUCUUCACCAGCUUACGUCAUUGAAGUGCAGUCUCAAGCUGACAAUGACUGGCUUUCAGAAUUGACAUCAACCAAUUGUGGAGUGGCUCACGAAUACUGGCUGAACGGAUACGAUACAGAUAAUUCCGGGACGUUUACGUGGAUUAAUGGUCAAAAUCACACAACGUACACUAACUGGCAUACUGGUGAACCGAAUGAUAGUAAAGGCCUCGGCUCUGAAAAAUGUAUUGCCUCAUCUACUGGAUAUAUGGGAGUUUGGGUUGAUAUUCCAUGCACGGAGAUGAGGCCGGUUGUUUGUGAAAGAAAUGUCUAGUCUCGAAUCUAAUGCCACCGUGUGAAAAGACUUUAUUUUGAGUUUGCGUAUGAAUUUCAAUACCUUUUAGAAUGUACAUCACUUUAAAAAAUUAGAAAACAAUAUCUGCAUCGUAAAGACUGCACAAGACUAAAGAUUUUGUAAUUUCAAGAAAUUAGUCUUCUAAUAUGUUAAUGUGAAAACACUGGGGAAAAACUUAAUUUGAUUAUCAAAAUAUAUGACUCAUUCUUCCAUCUCUAAAAUCUUUGCAUGCCAUAUAUGUAUAUAUUUAUCAAAUUAUGUAUACAUAUCACUAUAUUUGUAAUUCCUUUAUUGUUCUGUGCCACUUCUUCCACGAUUUCCUCUGACGUUAUUGGUCAUAUUGUAUAAUGUUCUGAACCUCAAAUACAUGUACCACAUUUAGAAAGGUGUUAGUAAAUAAACUAAACUGGAUC